UGAUGCGCCUUCUAAAGCCCUAGAAAGAGUAUGUGGAGGAAACACAAACGUAUCCAGUACAGAACUCAUUUCACACUCUGCGCACUUAGCUAAGAAACCAGGAGUAACAACAGUGAACAGGUUCACACCUUUAACAGCACCUUUGCCUGAAGCGAAUGCAAUUUCAGACCGUAAAGACAAUGAAGAGCCGAGUGCAUUCACAAAGUAUUUCAGCGUGGUUUGGUGCAAAGCAUCCAAGAAGAAACACAAAAAAUGGGAAGGUGAUGCCCUUCUUAUUGCUAAGGGGAGGACGGUAACAUUAAAGGACAUGGAAGGCAAAGAUAUUGGAAAAGGUACGGGCUAUAAAAUGAAAGAUUUAGAGGAGUUAGAAGAAGGUCAGACUCUAAUGGUUGGCGGGAAAGAAAUUGAAGUGAUGGGUAUUAUUUCAGCCGAGGAGUACAACAGCGGUAGGUGCUUCAACUCGGCCGCGGCGUCUUCUGGCCCUGCAGCUGUAGAAUGUGUGCCGGUGAAACCUUUCAUCAACCCAAUGAAGAGCGCCAGCAAAGACAACGUAUUAAGAGACGUUCAGAACUGUAAACCCCGGCACGACCCCAAUGCACCAAACUCUCUCGUAUUGUCAAGACCUACUCAGCAUCACCUGUGGAUGUUCAAUAAAGCCAGCUUACCUAUUGUAGAUGUGGUUGUAGACCCUUACUUGGCCAUCCAUCUCCGACGCCAUCAGAGAGAAGGUGUUCACUUCCUGUAUGAAUGCGUUAUGGGAAUGCGGCUAAAUGGGCGAUUUGGAGCAAUCCUUGCAGAUGAGAUGGGUCUUGGGAAAACACUGCAGUGCAUCGCGCUAGUAUGGACUCUUCUGCGUCAGGGUCCGUAUGGGAGCAAACCCAUUCUAAAGAAGGCGCUCAUUGUCACUCCAGGAAGUUUGGUGAAGAACUGGAGAAAAGAAUUCCAGAAGUGGUUAGGAACAGAGCGAAUAAGGGUCUUUGCGGUCGACCAGGAUCACAGAGUGGAAGAAUUUCUCAACUCCCCCCUUUAUUCUGUGCUGAUCAUCAGCUAUGAGAUGUUGCUACGCUCUUUGGACCAGAUACAGAGUCUUGACUUUGAUCUAAUAAUCUGUGAUGAGGGUCACCGUUUAAAGAACAGUUCUAUCAAAACAACCUCUGCGCUUUCCAGCCUGUCAUGCAGCAAGCGCAUUAUCCUUUCAGGUACUCCUAUUCAGAAUGAACUUCAAGAGUUCUAUGCUCUGGUUGAAUUUGUCAACCCAGGCAUACUGGGCUCCUUGUCUACAUACAGGAAGAUAUACGAAGAACCUAUUAUUCGAUCUCGAGAACCUUCUGCAAGUAAAGAAGAAAAAGAUUUGGGAGAAGAAAGAGCUGCAGAACUGGUCCGUCUGACGAGUCUCUUUAUACUCAGAAGAACACAGGAGGUUAUUAACCAAUUCCUCCCUCCCAAAAUUGAGCGGAUCGUCUUCUGCAGGCCAUCGCAUUUCCAGCUAGAUCUCUACCGCAAGGUUCUUAACUCGCAUUUUCUUAAGUCCUGUUUGCAAGCAGUUGGAGAAAACAGCCCCCAUCUCGUGUGCAUCGGGACACUAAAGAAACUUUGCAACCAUCCGUGCCUGCUGUUCAAAACAUUGCAGAAAAAUGCCAGUCUCAACCACGAUGAGCACACUUUGUAUGAAAGUUUGGUUGAUCUUUUCCCCGGUGAUUAUAGCGCUGAUCAACUAGUAGAGUCGGAAUCUGGAAAACUCAAGGUUUUAAGCGGUUUGUUAUCAGCAAUACGAGAACACAGUCCGUCUGAGAGAGUGGUCCUGGUCUCUAACUAUACUCAGACCUUAAACGUAUUGCAAGAGAUGUGUAACCUCCACGGGUACAAGUGCGCGAGAUUAGACGGUCAGACGCCCGUCGCACAAAGACAACAUAUCGUUGAUGGGUUUAACAGCAAUUACUCUUCAGACUUCGUCUUGUUACUGAGCUCCAAAGCUGGCGGCGUCGGGCUGAACCUGAUCGGAGCGUCGCACUUGAUUCUCUAUGAUAUUGAUUGGAAUCCUGCUAAUGAUAUACAGGCGAUGGCUCGUGUAUGGAGGGAUGGCCAGCGCCACACUGUACAUAUCUACAGGCUUCUUACUACAGGAACAAUAGAGGAAAAAAUCUAUCAGAGACAAAUAAGUAAGCAGGGUCUGUCUGGAGCCGUGGUGGACCUGCUGAAGAAAUCUGAACACAUCCGAUUUUCUGUGGAUGAACUGAGAAACCUCUUUACAUUGCAUGAGGGUACCGACUGUUUAACUCACGAUCUGCUGGGGUGUGACUGUACCAACCAAAAUGUCCGUUCAGAUGUCCAGAGCGAAGCGGUUCCUGCACCCAGGAGCUGUCAGCUUGGCGUACGCCACCCUCCGCUAGAGAAGAAUUUUUCAAUGUCUGAACUGAUGCAGUGGAAACACUUUUCAAUGCGCCAGAGUUUCGAUGACCCCUUCCUCCAGCUGGGAAAAGAAAAUAUUUCUUAUGUUUUUCAGAACACAACAAACAGCCAAGUAUCAUAAAGAGCACGAACUCUUGUCAGUUUUCUGGUUUGGAUCCUGAGCCGAGCAUGCAGCCUCCCCCCCAUACAUUAACGUGAUGGCUUAAGAAUGUUCCCAUGAAAUACUUCAGGGACGUGGGAAUUCACCCAUCACGUAGCAUCGGGAGAAAUAGCUUUUGCUAUAAAGGGCCAUAUGUAUUGAAGCAGGGCAGGUUUGUAAAGAUGUCAAUAAACAUUUUUAUUGGUGUAAAAUUGUUAAACUUGCAAAACAGGGUUAUAGUGAACCCUAUAUAAUAACCUGCGCUCAAAUGAACCUGAAAGGUUACUUCAGUCAGCUCUUCUUUUCCGUACUGUACAGAGGUUUCAGCCACAUCUGUAUUAUAAGACUAGAACAGAUUGUAACGUUAAUUACACAGCAACACAUGCAAAAAAAAAUACAGAAAAUGUGGAAUUUCACAUACAACUUACAAAUGCAAAUGGUAUGAUCCAAGCAUCUAACUGGGGGAGGCUAUCUGAGGUUUUUUGACCCUUUAACCACUUUUUUUUUGUCUCAAGAGACAUGGUUGGUGUCACGUAAGUUUGUAAAAUAAAAAUAUUUAAAACAUGUUAAUAUUUUUUAUGUUUACCUAUAUACAUACACAGUAACAAAAUAAUCUGUAUGAUGUUCUACACUUUUUGUUUCGGUUUCUGCAUUUUCACUAAUUAAGAAUAUUAUAUUUUUACACAGCCUUAAGUAAUGUUGCAGUUUUCUGAUUGGAUUUUCACACCUUGCGUUAA